GGGCUAGCCUGGGGAAGCCGGGCGGGGGAAGAUUCCCAAGGUAGCUUGGCCCGAGGCCCUCGCAAGCAGUGCUCGGGCGGCUUGGCGGAGAAGCAAGAUCUGGGGGAGCGCUCUUGUGGCUCCUUACCAUGUGGGGGCAGUACGGGGACUGGCCGGGGCUGGCAUUUUCCAGGGGCUGUGACUGCCCCGGGCCAGAUGGCAGGGGGUGGUGGAGAGGCUAAAGAAAACAGCUGUCGUGCUGAUCCGAUCAGCUCCGGGCUCUUCAAGGUGUUCUCGGGCUUCCCUGCCUAGCUCCUGGCUGGCUGCGCCAUGUGAAAGGAGGGACUGAGGAAGACGGGAGGCAAAGGCUAUUGGUGGGAAAGGAGCUGCCUGGGUUGCUGGGGGAACUGGCUGCCUCCGGAGAAGGCCAUUUGCGCUCAUUGGGACCGGUGAGGGCAAACGAAUCCUAACUCGGAUCUCUCUAGCGCUUUAAGGUUUGCUCCGAAGUCUCUCCUCCCGAGGAUCUGUAAGCUUCCUCUCCUCUGGAGCCUUCAGAGCUGGGAGUUCCAGGGGGCCAUGCAAAAGGCGGGGGCUGCUGGCCGGAGGGCCUCCGACACUGCCCUCAUUCCACACAGGUCAAGGGGCAUUACCAAGUUUGCCCAGUAUGUGGGCUCCUUUGUGGUCGACGACCUGGGACUUCAGGAGAAAGUGUGGAUGGUCCAGCAGCAGCUAUGGGCCUUGAAGGACUGCCCCAGGCGGAGAGCUGUGAUCCUAAAAUUCAGUCUUCAGGGCGUCAAGAUCUUCGGCGCGGAGGGGGAGACUCUCCUGAUGGCUCACGCCCUGAAGCGGAUCCUGUACUGCACCUGGUGCCCCGCCGAAUGCCAGUUUGCCUUCAUCUCCCGGAAUCCCCGGAGCCCGGCCAGCAAGCUCUUCUGUCACCUGUUUGUGGGCAGCCAGCCUGGGGAGGUCCAGAUCCUCCACCUUCUGCUUUGCCGUUCCUUUCAGCUGUCAUACCUCUUGCAGCACCCCGAGGAUCAGGCCCAGCCUGGGCCGGGGCUCCCUGCAGAGGAGCCCCCCAAGCCGCUGCCCAGCCCCGGGGGCCCUGCUGCGAUGGUCAGGGAGCCCUUUGGCCGAGAUCAAGUCUCUCAAAAUGUCCACGCCCUGGUUUCCUUCCGGAGGCUGCCAGCCCCAACUGAUGGCCCAGCGGGAAGCACGAAGGAAAUGUCGGAGGCAGAAGGUCGGGGGGCUAGCCGUCACCCCCGCCUCGGGAACCCUUACUGCUCCCCAACUCUGGUGCGAAAGAAGGCGAUUCGGAGCAAAGUGAUCCGCUCGGGAGCUUAUCGCUGCUGUACCUAUGAGACCCAGCUGCAGCAGUCUGCCAGGGAGGCCUUUCCGGCUGCCUGGGAGAGCUGGGCUCAGGGCACCAGUGGCCUGGUUUGCCUGGUGGAGAGUGAGGGGAGCCUGACGGAGAACAUCUGGGCCUUCGCCGGCCUCUCCAGGGCCCGGGCGCUCUCCCUGCUCCGAAAAGAUGUGCUAGGGGCCUUUCUGUUGUGGCCUGAGCCUGGAUCCAGUGGCCAGUGGUGCCUGUCCGUGAAGACCCAGUGUGGUGUGGUCCCCCAUCAGAUCCUCAGGACCCAUUUGGGCAAAUUCAGUGUGGAACAUCUGCCUGCGGAAUUCCCCAGCCUGGAGGCCUUGGUGGAGCAUCACUCUGGAGCCGAGCGCAGUCUUUUCUGUCCGCUGGACAUGGGACGCCUGAACCCCUGCUACGAGGCACAAGACUGUGGCCGGCCUACGUGGCCCCGGGGCCACCCUAAGCAUGAACCGCGGCAGCAAGAAUUGGGCUAAGGCCACCUUUGAAUUCCCUGAUGCCCUAGCACUGAGAGACACAGACAGAGACACAAAGGACAGAGAGACAGAGACAGAAAAAGAGAGAGACAGACAGGCAGAGACAGAGAGACAGACAGAGAUAGAGAGACAGAGACAGAGAGGGAGAUACAGACAGAGAGAGAGACAGAGAGACAGACAGACAGACAGGCAGAGACAGAGACAGAGACAGAGAGAGACAGAGACACACAGAGAGACAGACAGAGACAGACAGAGAGAGAAAAGCGUGUGUACUUCCUCUGGAUCUUCCCCACAGGAGCAAUGUCUUCCCUUGGUGCUAGGGCUCAAGAAGCAUAGCCCUGCUAAUCUCUUACUGCGGGUGUCUUGACUUCCCUCCACCCCCAAUACACACAGAGACACGUUCUCACCUGGAAAGAAGAAAAAUUCCAGCCUUUGUGUUCUGCACAAGGAAACAGCUGCUUCCCUUGGCUGGGAUGGCUGCCUGGAGUUAGACUCCCUCAUCAGACACGGUCCAGUCCUGGGGGAUGGCCUUUUUGUCCAGGCCCAGGACCCCCCAUCCCUUGAAUGGCCUUGCUCCAAGCUCUAUUCAAGCUUUUUUAUGAACACCUACUUUUAUUGAGAAGAUCUCUUGAUGGAUCUUGAUGGAGAGGAAUCCAAACAUAGUAACUGAAAGACACGUGGGUUUGAAGCUCUGCUCUGCCUCUUAGCUUUAUGACCUUCAGCAAAGUUUUCCUUACUCUGGACUGGUAUAAUGGAUAAGAGUUUAGGAAUACCUGAAUUUAAAUCCCAUUUCAGAUAUUAGCUCUGUGAUCCUGGAUAAGUCACUUCUAACUGCCUCAGGUUCCUCAUCCAUAAAUAUGAGGGGGUUGGACUCAAUGACCUAGCUUUAAGUUGAUGAUCUAUGAUAAAGAGAUUGGACCAGACAGUCCCUACUGCCCCAUGAUUCUGCCCUUUCUGCUAGUCCUGUAUCUGGGGCUGAAGGUUCAGCAAGGCAAGUCAAUGAUCAGGGAUUGUUAGGUCAUUGAUUGAAGCGAUUACAAAGGAUAAAAGCUGGAAGAGCCAAUUUGGUCUUCAGAUGCGACUUGAGAAACUUCAGAGUCCCCAGUUAAGGUAGGAGGGGCACAGGGAAGGCUUCUGCAGGAACACCGGGUGGGCAACCAUCCUCUCCCUUCAUAUCAGUGUAGGUACAAACAUCCCCAACUGACCAGAUCAUCUCCAGCGUAAGUCAAUGCAACCAUAGGUUUAAAACCCGAGAGAGUCUUCCAGACCAUCUAGUCCAAACCUCUCAUUUCAAGGACAGAGAAGCUAAGGAAGAAAGAGGGAAGCUGAUUUAUUCAAGGUCACAGAGUAGCUGAACCAAAACUGGCAUCAGGUCUGGGAAACUUGAAAGAGGUAGGGAGUGAAUUCAGCUCAUUGGCCUAGCUCCUGGAUCUCGAGGCUUUGAAGUUUACCGGGGGCUUUCUUUAAAAACAAUCCCCUCCACCCCAAGGAUAGGAUCUGAAGGAUCUUUUCCUCGGCUUUUAACAGAUAGGGAAACUGAGGCUUUGUGAAAUGACUUGUUCAGAAUUAGGCAGCUACCAAGUGUAAGAGUGGUAUUUGAAUGUAUUUGCUGAAUCCACAUAUCUCCAGAUUCUCAGUCCCAGCUUCCCUAUCUUUCUUCCCCCCUUCCCUCCUCCAAAUGUCUGUCUGUGCCUCCUCUUCCUUUCCCUGCUCCAGUUCCCUCUCUUUCUCUCUGGCUCUGAUUAUCCCAUUCUCCCAAUCAGCUUGAUAUAUCCACUCUCUCUAUGUAUGUAUAUUUAUCUACUUUGUAUAUGUACAAAAACUUAUGUAUAGUGGAUAUGGCUCUUGACUUAAGAAUCAGGAAGAACCAGGUUGAAAUCCUGCCUUAA